AGGUUGGUGUUGAGAGAAUGUCCUUAGCUUUCGGGUGUCCCUUCUACUUCCUCUGUGGCAGAAGUGCAUAAGGGAGCACUACGCACUGUCCCGUGAUUUUAAGGCUUUUGCAGAAUCUAAUUUUUUUUGUCCGGGUCCCUCAGAAAGUUCUGAUCAUGUUAAUGGAAAAUGUGCCGUAGAACCAAUUCUCUUGUUCUGAAAAUAUUUCUUAUUCUGAAGUAGCAACCAGCUAAGUCGCUCCUACCUAAAGAAGAUGAGUUUGAGAGACAGAUGUACUUCUGUUCCUAUUCAGUCAUGGUAUCUUUAUGUUGGACCAACCGAAUGUUCCGUGCAUUGCAAUGUGUGUACAUUUGGAGCAGCAAAGCACUAUUGCCCGCUGUGGUUCCUUUCCUUCUCCUUCCAGGCACAGCGUGAUCAGGUGGCAGCAAGGAUGGAGGGAGGAGGGACCGCAGUGCAUUUCUCUGAGUGGAUGUGGGGUUUUGUGGGGAUGUUCUCACUGAAAAUGUCAUGAUGUUACCUUGGUGGCAUGUCUGGCUGUGUGACAGUUGGCUCGUGCUGAUGAUGGAUCCAUAUUCCUGGGGACUAAUGCCCCAGGGUACUGAGGAUCUUGGUGUGUUGUUCUGGCAGCGCAUGCCUGCCUGAAAGGGACAGCAAGAGCUUGCCAUUCAUCGUGCAAGUCAAAAAUGAAGCCAGAAGAAUAGAUCUUCCCUGAGAUACUGUGUUGGAGGAUUUUCAUGCUGGUCUGUGAUGGGUUUGAGUUCCCGAAGGAAAGAGUCCCUUAAGUUGUUUGUGCUCAUUGAAACCUGUUUGUGCAGAUGUCCAAGUACGUGGGGCUUUUAUUUCCGAGGGUGGUGGAUUCUGUUGUGGUGUAGCAGGUCUGUUCUUUUCCAACACAGCCUUGCUGUAUUAUUUGGUGGGUCCUUGAGUGGACCGGAGGCUGAAGAGUGUUGUCUUCUUCCAGAAGGGGAGGGAUUCGUAGGUGCAGGCAUAUUCUGCCUGUAUUGCAUAGACCAUGGGAAAGCAGGAAAUUUGUUCCCGGUCCUGAGGCAUGGAAUUCAGAAGUGAAAAGGAAUGAGAACUCUUGCCAAAGGCCAUUCCCAGGCUUUAUAUCAAGUGUGGUGUAGUGAUGUGGAAAAUAUUUUGGUAAAGGGAAAAAGAAAAGAAGAGAGAAGGAUGGAAGCAGAAGACAAUGGGAGGCAGGACAGAGCAGGAAAGGAAAAGGAAGACAACCACAAGAAAGAAGAAAGAGAAAAUAGAAAAGGAAGAGAGGAAGAAGGAGAAAGGAAGAAGGAAAAAACGAGAAGGGAAGAAGAAAAGGAAUCUAUAGAAGGGCGAAAGCAAGCAAAGAAGAAAGAAGGAAGAGGAAGGAAGGAUAGAAGGAACGAAGGAAGGCAGGAACAUGAUAGAGGAGAUUACCAUCAUGCACUGACGUUAUCUCUGCAUGGUUAAUGGAGUUGAGGACCUCAGCUUCUUCAGUACUCAGGAACGCAGUGUAAGUAUGUCGAAAAGUGGUGAGGAAGAGAAAAGAGCUCUUGCCUGAGGGCAUGUUCAUGCUCCAUGGCGGGUGUAAUGUCGUCAGAUAGAAAACAUGCUGGCAAAGGCGAAAAAGAACAGAAAUAAAGAAAGGGGGAAGGAAUAAAUGAGGCAGGGAAUUAAUAAAGGAAGGAAGAUGGGAAAGGAAGAAAUUAUGAGGGAGAAUACCAGGGUGCAGCGUGGUUUUCUCUAGACGCAGUCGGUCCCUAACAGCCUCCCCCUUGGUUAGAGUACCGCUCUCCGGCGCGAAUGCCCCCUUAAUAGCGCUGAUGGUUCCGUCUUUGAUGGUGUCCGCCGCGGCGCCGGAGACGAAGAGGGAGCUGCCAGCGGGGGUAAAGAAGAGAUAAGCAUGGAAGGAGAAGGGAAAGGGUAGGUAAGAAUAGGGCACAGCAGGGUAAGAAUGAAAAGAAGAAGGAAGAGAAGAAGGAAAAGGAAGAAAAGAAAGAGGAAAGAGGAAGAAAGAGAGCAUAGUAGAAAGAGCACCAAAAAGGGCAAGAUUAAUGAAGAAAUAAAGAAAUUAAAAAAGAAAGAAGAAGGAGAGGAAUAAAAAAAUGCAGGAAUGUAUUCAAACAAAGAAUGAGAAAGCAAAAAGAAAGAAAAAUAAAGAGGCGAAAUGAAGGAAGAGACGAGAGAGGAGGUGACGAGCUCGGGUCUGGGGACUGAAGAAUGUGGUCUUCUUUCAGAAGGGAAGGGAUGGGAAGGUAGAGGGGCAGUCUGUCGGUAUUGCACAGGCUGUAGGAAAGCAGGAAAGUUGUUCGCCACACGGAGGCAUGGAAGGCGGAAGAGAAGAAGAAUAGAAACUCUUGCCAAAGGCCAUUUCCAUGCUUCAUGACAAGUGUGGUGUAGCAAUGUGGAAGAUAAUUCUGUUAAAGGGAAAAAAGAAGAGAGAAUGAUGGAAGCAGAAGAGAACAGGAGGCAAGGAUAGGUCAGGAUAGAGCAUGAAAGAAAAAGGAAGAGAAAGACAAAGAAGCAGGAAAAAGAUUAAAAAGUGUGAGUAUAGAAGAGAAAGGAAGAGACAACCAAAGGAAUAAUAAGAAGGAAAACAUGAGAAAGGACAGAGGAAAGGACGUAGUCUAUAGAAGGAAAAAGGAGGAAAGGGAAAAUGAAAGAAGGAGGGAAAACGCAGCAAGAAAGGAAUGAAUGAAGGAAGAGAGGACAGAGGAGAUGACCAACACGCACUUAUGUUAUCUGUGCAUGGUCAAUGGAGUUGUGGAGCUCGGCAUCCUUGGUACUGUGGGACGCUGUGUAAGUCUUGAAAAGUGGUGGGGAAGAGGAAAGACCCCCUGCCUGAUGGUGUGUCUGUUCUCCAUGAGGGUGUGAUGUAGUCAUAUUAGAACGUAUACUGGUAAAGGAGAGAAAGCCGAGGCAAAAAGGAAAGGAGAACGGGAGGGCAGGACUGCAGAGAAGGAGUAAGGGAAUAGAGAAGAGAAGGGAUGAGGGAAGAAGAGAGAGAGAGAAUAGCAAGCAGGAAGUAAGGAGGCAAUAGAGAAAAAGAAGAUAAAGAAAAGAAGAGACAAUAAACGAUCACUGUCGGCAGAAUAGUGGAUCACUAUCACUGUCCACAGAAAGGUGGUGAGGGAGAGAAAGAAGGAAGGAAAUAAAGAAAGAAGGAGGAAAAAGUAAGAAAGAAAAAAGCAAGGCAGGAAUAAAUGAAGCAAGGAAGUAAUAAAGGAAGGAACAUGAGAAAGAAGAGAAAGAAAGGAAGAAAUCAUGAAGGAGACGACAAGAGUGCAGCGAUAUUCUAGACGCAGAGGAGAUUUGGUCCCUAAGAGCCUUCGCCUCCGUUAGAGUACCGCGCUCGGGCGCUGAUGGUGCAUGUAAUUAGCGCUGAUGGCUCUGUCUUUGAUGGUGUCAGCCGUGGCGCCGGAGGCGACUGGGCAGCCGCCAGCGAGGAUAAAGAGGAAAGGAUUGAGGAAGAAAGGAAAGGGGAGUAAAGACUAGAGCACGGCAGAGGAAGAAGGAAAAGAAGAAAAUAGAGAAGAAAGAGAAGGAAGAGAAAAACGAACAGAGAAAAGGAAAAAAGUAAUACAGAAAUGAGGAACAGAAACGAAUGAAAAGAGACAACUGAAGGAAAAAAGAAUUCGAAAAAAGGAAAAGAAGAGGAGAAUGUAAGAGAAAGAAGGAAAGAGCAAUAAAGCAAGAAAAAAAAAGAAAAAAGAAACAGAAAGGGGAGAACGGAAGGAAUGGAUGAGAGAGGAGGUGAUCAGCCCGGGUCCGGGGACGCUGUCGGCGGUGUGGAUGGAGCGUGUGAGGCGUCGGAGCAGCACACGGUGUCGCUGCAGGCUCAGAAACGGCGUGGGAGCGUUGAGGCGGCUCCGCCCCGGUGCGGCGGAGAGCCCGGCUGUGAGCGCGGGGGGGCGACGCGGGGUGGUGAGGAGAGCCGGUGCGUCCGGGCGGCGGCGAGGAGCCGUGAGGGGCCCGUGCGGGCGGCGGCGGCUGCUUGGGCGGCGGCGAUGGGCGUGAGUUGGUGUUCCGUGUUGCGGGUGGUGGUGGUGGUGCAGGCGACGUGGUCGCUGGUCGCUGGUCAGGUGCGGUACUCGGUGCCGGAGGAAGCCAAGGCCGGGACGGUGGUGGGUCGUCUGUCGCAGGACCUGGGCCUGGAGGCGGGCGAUGCGGAGUCGCGGCGCCUGCGCCUGGUGUCGCAGGGCCGUCGUGCGAGCGUGGAGGUGAGCGGGGCGAGCGGGGCGCUGGUGGUGAGCUCGCGUCUGGACCGGGAGGAGCUGUGCGGGAAGAGCGCGCCGUGCGCCCUGCGCCUGGAGGUGCUGGUGGAGCGGCCGCUGCGCGUCUUCCACGUGGAGCUGGAGGUGACCGACAUCAACGACAACGCCCCGCUCUUCCCCGCCGCCCGCAAAAACCUCAGCAUCGCGGAAUCGUCGCUGCCGGGGUCCCGGUUCCCGCUGGAGGGCGCAUCGGAUGCAGAUAUCGGAGCCAACGCGCAGCUCUCCUAUACACUCAGUCCCAGCGAGCACUUUACAGUCGAUGUUAAAUCCUCUGAUGAAAUAAGGAAAUCUGUGUUCCUGGUACUCACGAAAGCGCUGGAUCGCGAGACUUUGCCUGUGCACCGUUUGUUGUUGACGGCGAGUGACGGUGGCCGUCCGUCGCUGACGGGCACGAUGGAGCUGUUGAUCUCGGUGCUGGACGCCAACGACAAUGCGCCCCAGUUCAACCAGUCGGUGUAUAAAGUGCAGCUGCCGGAGAACGCUGCAGAGGGGACGCUGGUGGUGUGUGUGAACGCCGUAGAUCCGGACGAGGGUCUCAAUAAGGAGUUUUCUUACAGCAUCGUCAGUUCUGUUCCUGUUGGUAACAGAGAUCUGUUCACAGUUGACUCGAAGACUGGCGAGAUCAGAUUGAAGGGUUCCCUGGAUUUUGAAGACGUCCAUUUACACGAGUUACAAAUCGAAGCGACAGAUAAGGGCACGCCCCCGCUCUCAGGCCACUGCAGCGUGGAGCUGGAGGUGUUGGACGUGAACGACAACGCGCCGGAGGUGUGGGUGACGUCGCUGUCGGUGCCGGUGUCGGAGGACGCGGCGGUGGGGACGGUGGUGGCGCUGCUGAGCGUGUCGGACCGGGACUCGGGGUCGAACGGGCGCGUGCGGUGCGCGGUGUGGCCGGCGUCGCCGUUCGGUCUGGUGUCGACGUUCGCGGGGUCGUACUCGCUGGUGCUGCGGGAGGCGCUGGACCGGGAGCGGGUGUCGGAGUACGAGGUGGAGGUGCGUGCGGAGGACGGCGGGUCGCCGCCGCUGCGCGCCAGUCGCGGGGUGCGUGUGCCGGUGUCGGACGUGAACGACAACGCGCCGGCGUUCGCGCAGGCGGUGUACACGGUGCUGGCGCGGGAGAACAACGCGGCGGGCGCGGAGCUGGCGCGUGUGUGGGCGCGGGACCCGGACGAGGCGGGCAACGGGCGCGUGAGCUACUCGGUGUGGGAGGGCGGUGUCGGGGGCGCGUCGUCGGGCGGGGGGUGGCGGUCGGCGUCGAGCUACGUGUCGGUGGACGCGGAGAGCGGGCGGCUGUGGGCGCUGCGGCCGUUGGACUACGAGGAGGUGCAGGUGCUGCAGUUCGAGGUGCGUGCGGUGGACGCGGGGGAGCCGUCGCUGUGCGGCAACGCCACGGUGCAGGUCUUCGUGGUGGACGAGAACGACAACGCGCCGGCGCUGCUGCCGGCGUCGGGCGGCGGCGCGUGGUCCGGGUCGUCGGCAGAGGCGGCGUCGGUGCCGGGGUCGGGGUCGGUGUGGGCGUGGGCGUGGGCGUCGUGGGGGACGCCGGCGGGGCAGGUGGUGGCGAAGAUCCGGGCGGUGGACGCGGACUCGGGCUACAACGCGUGGCUGCGCUACGAGCUGUGGGAGCCGCGGGGGAAGGGCCCGUUCCGCGUGGGGCUGUACAGCGGCGAGGUGAGCACGGCGCGGGCGCUGGAGGAGGCGGACGGCCCGCGGCAGCGGCUGGUGAUCGUGGUGCGUGACCACGGGGAGCCGUCGCUCUCGGCCACGGCCACGCUGAGCGUGUCGCUGGUGGAGGGCGGCGAGGCGGCGCUGGCGGCCGCGGGCUCGUCGUCGUCGUCGUCGUUGUCGGGGGUAGGGCUGCGUCCGGCGGAGGGCGGCGCGUCGGUGUCGUCGUCUGCGGCGACGAACGUGUGGCUGGUGGUGGCGAUCUGCGCGGUGUCGAGCCUGUUCCUGCUGGCGGUGGUGCUGUACGUGGCGUCGCGGUGGGCGCCGCGGGCGGCCGUGCUGUCGGGGCCCGGUGCGGCGACGCUGGUGUGCGCCAGCGAAGUGGGGAGCUGGUCGUACUCGCAGCGGCAGAGCCGGAGCCUGUGCGUGACGGACGGCGCGGGCAAGAACGACCUGAUGGUUUUCAGCCCCAACUUCCCGCCGCCGCCGGCGCCCGUCUCCGCGGCGAAGGAGUCGAAUCCGGAGGCGCCCGCUCUCCUGGACACGCCAAAACACCCCAAUCCUGACUGGCGCUACUCUGCAUCCCUGAGGGCAGGAAUGCAAAGUGCUGUGCAUAUGGAGGAGGCAGGAGUCCUACGUGGAGGACCAGGAGGGCCUGAUCAGCAGUGGCCAACAGUCUCCAGUGCUACUACAGAACCUGAGGCAGGAGAGGUGUCCCCCCCAGUGGGAGCUGGUGUGAACAGCAACAGCUGGACCUUUAAAUUUGGACCGGGCAAUCCCAAACAAGGUGGUCCUGGUGAGUUGCCAGACAAAUUCAUUAUCCCAGGAUCUCCUGCAAUCAUCUCCAUCCGGCAGGAGCCACCAAACAGCCAAAUUGACAAAAGUGACUUCAUAACCUUUGGCAAGAAGGAAGAGACGAAGAAAAAGAAGAAAAAGAAGAAGGGAAACAAGACUCAGGAGAAAAAAGAAAAGGGCAACAGCACCACUGAAAACAGUGACCAGUGAGGGGUUUAUACUGAAAGAACCCACUUAGCCAGUUUUUGUAAUAAUGGCAGAUUUCUCCUAUGUAGCAACUCCCAACUUCUUCCUACUGUUAACAAAUUUCCUGUAUGUACAGACUUGAGAAAAUCAGCAGGAAAUUCACAGUGUCUGUCUAAAUUGCUUAACAGGUUUUGUCUUAAAAGCUUUAUUAAGUCUGGUGUUAACUCUUUUUCUCCACUCUGGCUUGUUUUCAGAAUCUAAAAAGCAGACACAAGUUUCCUUUCUCCUACGCCGAAAAGGAGAAUCUUCACAGUACAGCCAGUGAGAGGUUGGACUCUGCACUGUGGUUCCUGUGCUCCUGUCUUGAUGACACUUACAGGACAGGUUUAAAAGUUUUAAUGUUGUGCACCCUCUAUCUGAUUGGAAAUAUUUGUGUGCAGAUGUCAGCUAGGUGAUACGAGAUCAGAUCAUAAAAUGCAAGAAGAGCUGGUAAAUAUGCAACAGAGGAAACACCUAAUGAACACAAAUGUUCAAAGAUGUUCAGGCUGGGGAGAAAAUGUCUGAAAGGAGAUGACCAGACUUUUCAAAUCGUGAGAAGUCACUGUGUGGAAAUACUGAGUCUUAUACAUGACGUAUUGUACACACUCCUGCAAAUAAAACCUCACAUUUACAGCUCUUUAAGAUACCAUAAAUUUUAUCUCCUGCCAAGCAAGCCAUUGGGAAAAUUGUCCCUUAAAGCCCUGCAUUACCCUGGCAAGGCUAGCCCUCAGAGUGUAAGAAGGGCUGGGCUGACAUCCCAGGAAUGUAACUGUGAUGCUCUGUGUCCCUAUUUCCACUCUAUCAUUAUUUUGCACAUUAUGUCUCUGAAAAGGUCAGAGUUUUUCCACGACACUUAUGCAAAAGAGAGAAAAAAGAAACGUUAACUAUGCUAUUUGUUAUUCGAGAUAUUUAUUUAUAAAGAAAUAUAGCUGUAAAUGUUAAAGAAAUAUGAUGCCCUUUAACCCAAACAGAAGUCAUUCUAGAGCCAUUAUAAAUUACAAUUGCUGCUAUUAAAGUGCUUUAGAAAAAUUGCCUGAAACAUCUGUAUUAUAUCGGCCACUUGCCAAUGACAGCUUUACUCUGUCGGGUGACUUGGGGGCUGCCUCUUGCAUGUUUUAAUAAAUACAAGAAUAUCUUCUUUUUUUUUUUUUUUUUUUGCAUUAAUCUGCACUUUGAAUACACUUUUGCAAUCAAACUGUCCUAAUAUGAAGAAGCAGAAGCAAACUCCUCACACAAAUGGAUUUAAUAACCUGCUAGCUCUGUGCAGUACCUUGGUGUUACCUCCCACAAAACCUUUUCUGAUUUUAGUUUUACUUUUCUAUGAGAUUAUGAAUUUCUGACCCUACUAACACUCAUUAUGUAAAAUUCAAGUACUGUAUGUAUGCUGUAUGCUCUUAUAAGAAUCCUGAAAUAUUUAUUCUGUGCUUGUGUAUGUGAAUGUCAAUGCAACUAUUAUUAGAGUGGACUUUAAGCUUUACCGUUGAAUGUAAAUUCAUUAUUUCUUUUUUGUACACUUGUGAAAAAGUGGAGUAGUGUUAAUUUUUUAAGCCACUGUUGAUUAUAAGUUUUUUGUGUAUGAAACACAAGUAAAAUAUCUUUCUUAAAUCAAGCCAUGCAUGCAUUUUGGGAUUUAUUGGUAAGAAUCUGUGAAGCUAAAGCUCUGUGAAUUACUAAACCUAAGGGUAUAAAUGGAAUCUUGAAUGUGGUUGAGGAUGUUGAUAUAAAACCAAUACAUGUAUUUUUAAAUAGAAUAUAGCUGAUGAGGGAAUUCCAAGGAGUUUUCUACGCUAUUGUACAUUCACAGAAUAAAGCUCAAGUGUCGUAUUAAUUGGAACUGUGUAAGAAACUACGUAGCUCUGAAAUUUCUAACAGGCCCUUUAAUCUAGGAUCAAAGAGAACAACUGGAUUUCUUGAGACGUGUCCUGGAUGUUUUAAGUUUCCAAACUGCUGACAGUUCAGAAUAGGACAACUCCUAUUCAUAUUUAAGAACCUGCAGCAAGUCUUAAAGCAUCACAGAAGGUAAAGCUCUAAUAAAAGAACUCAUAUCUGAAAGCAUGUACCACCAAUGGCCUCAUGUGGUGUAUUUAGAGUUUUCUUUUGCUACCAGUCUUGUUUUACUGGCAGUGAAAAAGAUGCUACUUGAGAAAGAGAAUCCUUGAUUCCAUUUUAAAGAAUAGCCAUGAGGGAAAAUACUUAAGAUUUGGGGAGGGAGCUGUUCUUUUAUGAAAGUGUGCUGUGCAAGUACAUUUAGACUUAUUUUUUUUAUUUGGUGACUAAUCCAACAGUUCCCAAAAUGUUCGUAAACUGGAGUUACAAUGGUAACGUAAACAUACAGAAGGAUGCUGUUGUUUUGUACUCAUCAUAAAGUAGUCCUCCUCAAUGCCUCUGGCAAAAAUCCAGCACAAAGAUUUAAUUCUUACAGGAAUCUUUAACAUUUGAUUAUUUUUGGAUUUUAAUUGAUUAUUUUUUUUCUUUGGAGUGCUUGCCCUUUCCUCUCUACAGGCCAAUCUGAUUCAUUUAUUUUUCAUCAGUGGUCAUACACAGCUGGCUUUCCAAGGCUUGCUUCUAUCAGAAUCAACCAAGAGCUGCAGUAUGUUUCCGAUUUGCCUGUUUUAACACAAAAUAAUAUGUGCCAAUGCUGGCUCUGCUGCAGGUGCUUACUGCAGGAGGACUGUAUGCUUGCAUGGCUUGGUAGACAAAAGCAGAAUAUCUAAAGAUAAGCAUUACAGUAUGCAGAUCUGAUAGACUAGAGAAAAAACUCUCAGAGGAGAGGAGAUGCUCUUGCUGGAAUUGCUUACAAAAAGGCUGGAUUGCACUAGUAGAAUAUAUAUUACACAGGUUCACUGUGUUUUCAGAAGACUUAAUCAGACACCUCACCAGAUUUUUAAAAGAUUUUUCCAUAUUUGAACCCUCUAGUACAACUGGAAUGCUGAGAUGUCCUAAGUUAAAUGUUUUUGUUUCAAAACUAGUAUACAAAUUAUACCGUUGACAUCCUUGAUUUUGGGUGUCCAGAAGAAGGAGAAACCCGUGGCAUGAAGUAUUUUUGGAGGAUCAAGGUGGGGCGGGGGCCAGAAUUUGCACAUUCUGCCACAGUUUUGGGGGUUACCGCACAACAAUGGGAAUUGGGAAUCAAAGGUAGCCAAGACCAACAAGAAUCAAGAAAUAAAAGUUUCUUUUAUCCUCUUGAUGACAAGGAAAUGAGCAAUACAAAAUACACUGCAUAAUUUGUUAACAAGGAAAUUACGAUUUUGGGGCGCUUUAUCACUUGAACAAUUAUUUUCUCUCAGAAUACAUACAUUUUCUACGAGCAUAUCGUCUUUGGAAGUCUGGGUUUUAUGCAUACAAGAUCAGUGGCCAAAACUAUUGAGCUUUUAUAACAAUUAAGCCUGAGUUAUGUUGUAUAUUAAUUACAUCCUGUCAUUAAAAAGAUCUCAUUUUACA